GUGAAAUUGCGCGACACCCAUUAGUAUCCUUGUCGUAGAUCCGAGCAUGGCAUCCACUACGAAUGGAGUAAAUGGGCAUAAGGCUUCUCAGCCUCAGAGCCUCAUCCAAACCCUGAACGCCAUAGGUGCUGACUCAUUCAGCAAUGAUGGAGAAAGGAUCCAGGCAGUUUUAGCAGCGUAUGCUCUCGUAUCUCGUCUUGAGACGCCAUGGGAGUUCGUCGCGAGAACAUGCAUGGGCCAGCCCGCAUUGGGAGCUGCUUUGAAGGUCGCGAAGGACCUGAAGCUCUAUGAUAAGUGGCAUGAGCUCGGAGAUGGAGAAAUGACCUGCGAGCAGUUGUCUGAGCUGGUGUCUUGCGACCCUGCUCUCCUAUUUCGCAUUCUCCGUCAUCUAGCAGCAAAUCAUGUCCUCCAGGAGACUUCAAUCGGUGUGUUCAAGCCGACCAAGUUGUCUAUAUCCUUUACAGUGCCAGUAUUCGGCGAAUGGAUCAACCAUCUCUACGAUGCUACCACACCCUGCUUUUUCAAGAUGCCAGAAUUCCUAGAGCAAAAUGGCUACAAAAAUCCCGUGGAUCCCAAGAACGGCGUCUUUCAGGCUGCCAAAGGUUGCCAGGGUGAUGACAUGUUCAAGUACUACAAGUCUCACCCCGUUGAGGGCGCGUCGUUUGACCAUGUCAUGGGAGGAGUGAUGGCGAAUCAAGCCGGGUGGUUAGAAAUAUUCCCGCAUAACACGCUCUUGGAGACAGCAGAUGCGCAGUCACCGCUCGUAGUAGAUGUGGGAGGCAAUAUUGGCCACGACAUAGAGCGAUUCCGCCAGGAACACCCGGAAACAGCCAGCCGACUGUACCUGGAAGAUCUCCCCGAUGUCAUUCAGCGCUCCAAAUGUCCGGAUGAUGUCAACAAAAUAGGCUACGAUUUCUUCACACCGCAACCCAUCAAAGGAGCGCGUGCGUAUUAUAUGCAUGGUGUGCUACAUGACUGGUCCGAAGAGCCGGCGCGCAAGAUCCUUGAGAUGCAGAAAGAGGCUAUGAAACCAGGAUACAGCACACUUCUCAUCCAUGAUCACAUUGCACCUGAGUCUCUGGCCCACCCCCACACUACAGCGUAUGAUCUGACCAUGAUGGUGAUGGUGGCCGGAGUAGAGAGACGAGAGGUACAUUGGCGCGCCCUGCUAAAGUCUGCUGGGUAUAAGCUUGUGCGUAUCUGGCGGUCUCCGCUCGCCGUGCAGGGUGUCAUCGAGGCUGAGCUUGAUCAAUAAGGCUUGCCAUCAUGUAUUUCUCUUCAUCUUAAUCUUAUAUAGGCGCCUAAGUUAAAAGAGUUCAGAAACCUGAGAAAUAUAACUAAAGCCUUGAUCCCACGUUGUGU